GCUCAGGAUUCUGCCGCUGCUCCACGCCCCGUAAAGGCUUCUCGAAGACCGGAGCUGCGCGGGUUCCCAGCCCCCUCGGACCGCCCGCGGGGAACCGAACCUGCGCGCGGGGCCGGGCGGCGGGACACCAGGAGAGGAAGGUGCAAUGGCCACAAAUGUAUCUGUAAUCAUGAUCUUGACCUUUGUUCUUUGGGUUACAAACCCCCUCCAUGAACUACAAUCAACAGCUGCUUUCUCUCAGACCACUGAGAAAAUUAAUUCAAAUUGGGAAUCUGGCAUUAACGUUGACUUGGCAGUUAUCAUGCAGCGACACCAUCUGCAGCAGCUAUUCUACCGCUAUGGAGAGAAUGAUUCCUUGUCAGUUGAAGGCUUCAGAAAAUUGCUUCAGAACAUAGGCAUAGAUAAGAUUAAAAGAGUCCACAUACACCAUGACCAUGAGCAUCAUCACUCUGACCAUGAGCAUCACUCUGACCAUGAGCAUCACUCUGACCAUGAGCAUCACUCUGACCAUGAACAUCACUCUGACCAUGAGCAUCAUUCUGACCAUGAGCAUCAUUCUGACCAUGAGAAUCACUCCUCUGACCAUGAGCACCAUUCCCACCGCAGCCACACCGCUGCUGGUAAAAACAAUCGGAAAGCCUUUUGCCCGGACCUUGACUCUGAUAAUUCAAGCAAAAAUCCUAGAAGCAGCCUAGGGAAAGGACCUCGCCCAGCAGAGCACAUGAAUGGUAGGAGGAACGUCAAGGAGAGUGCGAGCUCUAGUGAAGUAACCUCGGCGGUGUACAAUGCUGUCUCUGAAGAAACUCGAUUUCUAGAGACAAUAGAGACUCCGAAACCUGGGAGACGCACCAAAGAUGUAAACCCUUCUACUCCACCCAGCAUCACAGAGAAGAGCCGAGUGGGCCGGCUAAGCCGGCUAGCUAGGAGGAAAAGCAACGAGUCCGUGAGUGAGCCCAGAAAGAGCUUUAUGUAUUCCAGAAACGCAAAUGACAAUAUUCAGGAGUGUUUCAAUGCAACAAAGCUGCUGACAUCCCAUGGCAUGAGCAUCCAGGCUCUGUUGAAUGCAACAGAGUUUAACUAUCUCUGCCCAGCCAUCAUCAAUCAAAUUGAUGCUCGGUCUUGUCUGAUUCAUACAGCAAGUGAGAAGAAGGCGGAAAUCCCUCCAAAGACCUAUUCUUUACAAAUAGCCUGGCUUGGCGGCUUCAUAGCCAUCUCCAUCAUCAGUUUCCUAUCUCUGCUGGGAGUCAUCUUGGUGCCACUCAUGAACCGGGUAUUUUUCAAGUUCCUGCUGAGCUUCCUCGUGGCGCUGGCUGUCGGGACUCUGAGUGGCGACGCUCUGUUACAUCUUCUCCCGCAUUCUCAUGCAAGUCACCACCACAGUCAUAGCCAUGAAGAGCCAGCCAUGGAAAUGAAGAGAGGCCCCCUGUUCAGCCACCUGUCCGCUCAGAGCAUAGAAGAAAGUUCCUAUUUUGAUUCCACAUGGAAAGGUCUGACGGCUCUAGGGGGCUUAUAUUUCAUGUUUCUCGUGGAACACGUACUCACACUGAUCAAGCAAUUUAAAGAUAAGAAAAAGAAGAAUCAAAAGAAACCUGAAAAUGAUGAGGAUGUGGAGAGCAAGAAGCAGCUAUCCAAAUACGAAUCUCAGCUUUCCACAAAUGAAGAGAAGGCGGAUCCAGGUGAACGACCUGAAAGCUAUCUGCGAGCGGACUCCCAGGAGCCCUCCCCCUUUGAUUCCCAGCAGCCAACGAUGUUGGAAGAGGAAGAGGUCAUGAUAGCCCAUGCACACCCACAAGAAGUCUACAAUGAAUACGUGCCCAGGGGCUGCAAGAACAAGUGCCACUCACACUUUCAUGACACGCUGGGCCAGUCCGAUGACCUCAUCCACCACCACCAUGACUACCAUCACAUUUUGCACCACCACCACCACCAGAACCACCACCCCCACAGCCACAGCCAGCGCUACUCUCGAGAGGAGCUGAAGGAUGCUGGCAUUGCCACGUUGGCCUGGAUGGUGAUCAUGGGCGAUGGGCUACACAAUUUCAGUGACGGCCUUGCUAUUGGCGCUGCCUUCACGGAGGGUUUGUCCAGUGGGCUAAGCACCUCUGUCGCUGUGUUCUGUCACGAACUGCCUCAUGAACUAGGUGACUUUGCUGUUUUGCUGAAGGCUGGCAUGACUGUCAAGCAGGCUGUGCUCUAUAAUGCCCUGUCAGCCAUGUUGGCCUAUCUUGGAAUGGCAACAGGGAUAUUCAUUGGGCAUUAUGCAGAAAAUGUUUCUAUGUGGAUAUUUGCACUCACUGCUGGCUUGUUCAUGUAUGUUGCUCUGGUUGACAUGGUGCCUGAGAUGUUGCACAAUGAUGCUAGUGAUCAUGGAUGCAGCCGUUGGGGAUAUUUCUUCCUGCAGAAUGCUGGGAUACUUCUCGGUUUUGGAAUUAUGUUACUCAUUUCCAUAUUUGAGCAUAAAAUUGUGUUUCGUAUAAAUUUCUAGUUAGGUUCUAAACCGUAGAACAGCUUAGAGAAGUAUUGCUGUUUAUAGUUCGAGUAGAUGGUAGAAAUACGUUCAUAUGCUGUGAUUCACAGCAUUUAAAACUAGUGCAUUUUGCAAUUUUUCUAUCAAAUUUUGCCAUUUCUUAUGCUUAUAAAGUCAGUCCCAUUGGGUAACAUAAAGGUACGUUUUAAUAUUUAAGUUAUUCUGUUUUGGAAAUGUAAGUCCUAUGUGCGAUCCACCAAUAUCACUCAGCUUACUGUAUGUUUUGGCAUGCCAUGUUCUGUAUAUUUUAGAGAAAGUGUCUUUAAUGCUCUUCUGUACAGCUUUAGCAUUAGUUCCCCUCUGGAGUUGGGCCCCUGUUCGUGGUGAGAAAGAAUGGGCACAAAGUCCAAGACACCAACAGUUCACAUUGAGUGUAGUCAGGAAAUAGGAGAACAGGAGGAUUGGGGAGGUGUAUAUUGCUUCAACAGGUCACAAGAUUGGUUAUAAUGUAGAGAGGGGAAAUUCUAGAUGUGUUUUAAAGGGGCAUGUUUAGUUCAGAGCACAUUCGUGAACAUCUGUCAAAUUGUUAAUGUUCCUGUAAAACAAGUAGCACUUUUGAUACACUUCAUCUGGUUGUACAUUUGUAUGAUAGAGAAGUCUAAAUAUGUUAAUACAAGCAAUGUGUCACUUGGCUAAGAAAUGAGGAUUUUAAAUCUGUGUGUGGAGAUGGGCCAAAUGAGUAACUAGUGUGUCACUAAAAGACUUGGUUUUCACCGUAGUAAGUGGCACUUGAAGUUGUGUGAAUGUUCUGGUUGUCUAGGCUCCCAGAUGACAAGUAUUAAAACCUUGAUCCACGAGAGGACGUCAAGACCUGUUCUGAAAAUGUUUUGACUUCUUGGAUUCAGAAAGCACUUAGCUCUGUCUCUCUCUCAGUGCUUUAAAAUGUCAUUGUGAACAACUGUCCUUUGGUGUAUGACACUGUAGAUACAUUAGGGCUGUCUGUAGCACUGUCUGGAUGUUUCUUUCUUAAAAAAUUAAAGUGUCAACUCAGUGUC